AGAGAAUAUAUUUUAUUUAAUUGCUUGUCAUUUGACUUUAUAACUGUUAAAUACUUAGAUGCUCUCAUCCUGGGCUCUACACCAAGGCAAGGUCGUUAUGUUUAUAAUCGUGUCUGUCUCUCAAACUCAGCUGCAACCUCCAAGUCACGUUGGUUUCUCUGUUCCCAGCAUGGGCGUAGGCAUCUAGUAAGGAUCGUCAACUAAUGAUUCCUAAGUACCUGUCAUGUGUCACGCACUGUUCUAGGCAUGGGGGAGUUGGGUAUAGAGGUAGGUGUGACAGACAGAAAAUGUUGGAAUGCAGCUCGCUUUCUGGCCCCAGGGGGAGACAAAUGAUAUACAACAAAGAAAUAAAGGAGACUGGUGGAAAUUCACGUAGUGGGUGAGUUACAGAAAAUAACAGGGUUAUGGAGGAGGGCUGGGAGGGACACUGCCUGGGUGAUCAGAGGCCACUUCCCUGAAGAAGUGAUGUUUGAGCCACAACCUGAACAGCAGAAACCAGCCUGUGCUGAGUCAUUCCCAGCAGAAUGAAGGCAGUGCAAAGGCCCUGAGGUGGGAAUGCAGUUGGGGGUUUGCGGGAAGCAGGAGGCUGUAACAGAGGAGUGAUAGAGGGAGAGAGUGUCUGAAGAGGAGGUCUGAGAAGUGGGCAGGGCCUUCUGGGCCAGGUGGGGAGUUUGGCUUUUUCUUCUAAGUUUGGUGGGUAGCCCUUGGAGGGUGGCAGAGUGGCUGGGAUGAGGGUGGAGACAAGUGGACGAAUCCAGAAUACGUUUCGGAGGCAAAGCCAACGGAUCCAAGAGCAAUUCAAUUUCCUGGUGGAUUGGAGAGGCGCUGAGGGAGAGAAACUGAGGCUGACUCCCAGGUCUGGGGCAUGAGAAACAGAAUGGGCGAAUGGCACGUACAUACAUACAAGACUGAACUGCGAGUUCCGUUUUGGAGGUGUCCAGGUUGACGUGUCUAUUAGACGGGAGCCUGUCGGAUAUGAGCCCAGAACCCAGGGGAGAAGUCAGAGUGGGGAUGCACGCUUGGGAGACACCGCACAGAGACGGCGUUUAGAGUGUGAGACUGGAAUUCAUCAGGGUGUUCUGGUACUGAGUCAUUGACGAGAACUUAAGAAAGAGUCGAUUUACAAAGGUGUGAGGAGCCAGUGGAGGCACAGCGCACCCCCGGGGUUAGCACCCGGGGGAACUGAUAAAGGGGAGAGACCACUCUUUCCACAAGUAUAGUUUUAAUCCUCACCACCUCCCAAGGGACUGGGUUCUGCGACCCCCAUUUCACAGACAAGGACACGGAGCCUUGGAGAAGGCGGGGCCUGGCUCAGGUUAGGAGUGGGAUCGGACCCAGGUGGGCCUGAUUCCAAUUAGGCUAAUGGAGUCAGAGGGAGGAGGGAGGUCAGAUGGCCAGAGGGAGGAGGGCAGCAGCUUGAGACCGGGCUCCAGGAGAGAGGAGAAUGUGAGGGGGUAAGGGGAGGGGGUCUCCAGGGGUGGCAGAGAGUUGGGUGAAGGAGUGAUCAGAUAGUUGGAUUAUGGGGGCUCCCCACUUUCUCUAGAUAACUCCCGGGAACCCCAUAUGGUGGGAGAGGGGCGGGAGAGUAGAUUUGCAGCGAGCCUGGGAGUGGAAGAUGUCCGCGGGGGUGGGUGGCCGGCGUGGGGGCGUGGAUCCUGCCCUUGCACGCGCGCCCUGGCCCCAGCUCCAGGGAGCCGCUCUCCCCAGGCCGAAAUUCCUUUCCGGGCCUUCCCGGCUGCCGGGGCUCAAGGUGACCGCCUUUCAGCCGCAGCCGCUCGGCCGGCCCUGGGCUCGCUGCGGCCGUCCCUCCCUCUUCCCUGAAGCGGGAGCGAGUUUGGCCGCAGACGCCUCGCAGACAUUUCCCGCAGGGCUGGGGGAGGCCGCCUCCAGGCUUGGCGCGGGCCCGGCCGUCCCGCUGGGAGCCCCGCCGAGCCCAGGCGCAGAGAGGGAGACUAAGGCGGCCCCUGGCUCCCCCUCCAGCCAGAGCUGUGCGCGGCAGGGGUGGGACGUGUAGGGGACAGCCCAGAGGCCCGGGGCGUCGCUACCCGCCGGCUGGGCGGGGCUGGCAAGGCCUCGGAAAGAUGGCUUCGGGGGACAUCCCCACCAGAGGGCCAGCCCGGCGCGCAGCUGGGACCAAGCCUCCAGGCAAUGCCGGGGGCGUGGGGCCGAAAAGGUACCCAGGUGGCGCCCAGUGAGUGGACACGGCACCCAGACUGGCCCCCCAGGUAGCUGGCCGGGUCUAGGGAAGCGCUCUUCCAAGAAGUCUGGUGCCCUGAGCUGACCUGGGGCGCGCCAGUGGCCGAAAUCCGGUGCCUCGCCUGGGCGCCCCCGCCCCGAGGGCGGGGCCAGGGCGGGGCCGGAGUCCUCCCGGCAGGUGCAGGGGGCGGUGCCCGGCCCUGCCCCCGGGGGUUGUUCUUGGAGGCCAGAGGCGGGUCAGAGAAGCGGCCGGUGCAGGCGACGCCCUGGAACCCGCGGGCGGUGACUGCGGCCACAGGUGCCGCGCAGAGCACCGUGUCCCAGCUCUGGGCAUCAGAACUCCGGCGCUGGGAACUAAGGCUUCCGAGCUGCUCCCAACCCUGGACCCCAAGGCCCCGAGCCGGAGAGCGGAGCCCUGGGGUCGUCUGAAGCUCGGGGCCUCGAGCCCCCCGGGUCUGACAGCGAAGUCCCAGGGCCUGCCGCAGAGCGAGACGCCGAGGUCCCCAGGCCGGGCGGCGAAAUCUCUGCGCCCUCCGCAGAGCAGGGCGCGGAAACCCCUGAGCGAGAGAGCGAAGUCCUUGGGCCAUCAGCGGGGCAGGACGCGGCGCGCCCCGGGCCGGCCGCCGCUGGAGGCGUGGAGAGGCCUGGGCCAGGCAGCCGCGACCCCCGGCCGUCUGAAGCCCGAAGCGCCGCGAUCCUGGAGCGGUGUCCCCUUCAGGGUCCCGAGACCUCCUCCUCAGAGUCAGACUCGGAAGCCCAUCAGCAUUUUCCAUUGCGCCCCGAGAUCCCCCAACAGUCCUCAGAGGAGCCGCUCAUGGAGCCGCUCAUGGAGACGCCCAUCGAGCGCGAAAUCCGCCGCAGCUGCGAACGCGAGGAGAGUCUGCGCCGGAGCCGAGGCCUGAGCCCCGGCCGUGCGCGCCGCGAACUCGUGGAGCUGCGCGUGCGGCCGGUGCUCAGCCUGCCGGGCCCCGGCCCCGCGCUUCCGCGCGCCGUGGAGCGCGCGCGGGCGGGCGCGCAGAUGCAGCGGGACAUCGAGCGGGAGGCUCACCGGCAGGCGGCGCUGGCGCUCCCCCCGGGCCCGGAGCCGCGCGCCCGGCAGCCGCCGCCGCCGCCGCUGGGCGAGCUCAAGCGCUUCUUCGAGGCCGCCGGCGGCGGCGGCUCCUCGCCAGCGGCGGAGGGCGGCGCGGGCCUGCAGCAGCUGCCGGAGGCCGGAAGCCGGCCGCACUCGGCGGCGCAGGGCCGGUGCCCGGUGCUGGCCCGCGCGCCCUCGCCCCUCGCGCCGUCCCUGCUGGAGCAGGAGGUGCGCGAGGUGCAGGAGCGCGAGCGAGAGCUGCAGCGCCAGCGGCUCAGCGUCUACGGCACCGCCGAGUUCCGGGACCCGGCGCCCAGCCUCACAGCUGGUGAGAGGAGGGGCAGCUGGCUGAGCGCGCCUUCCCCGCAGCGAGCAGGGGUGAUGGAAAGCUGGCGGUGAUCUGGCCUCCGCGCAGAAAGGCCUCGGAGAACGGCCUGGAGCAGGAGGAGCGGAAGCCUUGAGGUUCGAGCCGGCUCGGACCCCCGGCCGGACGGAGCAUGGCCGUUAGAGGGCCCGGGCAGGGGCGCCCGGGAGUGCCCUCGGGAUGGGCCGAAGGCCUGGAGGGAGGGGCCAGCGGUCUGCGCCGGCGAAGAUGACACGGACCAGCCCAUCCUUGAACUAGACUUUGUGAAACUGACCAGUCUCGUCUCUAAAACUGUCACUCCCCCUGGGACACACCACCGCCACAAUCCGGCCGGAGAGACUGUCCAGCCCUUCACCUGACCGUAAGGCAAACCAGCCCCUCCCGCCGGCCCUGACCGUCGGAGGCCGGGGUCACGGCCUCGCUACCCCUACUCCCCAAUAAAGCCCCUUGUUUCUGGGCA